AUGAACUCAACUGAGCAAAGACCGGAUAAUCUUAGUAUUCUCCAUCGCCUUCCACUCGAGCUUCUGAAUCAAGUCAUCUGUACUUUGCCUAACGCCGACAUUAAGAAUCUCCGCCUGACAUGCUCAUAUCUCGGAAACGCAUCUCUUCCGCGCUUUGACCGUGUGUUUUUAUCGACUAACCUGCGCGACAUUGAGGUCUUCACCUUGAUCGCGAACCAUGAUCGUUUCCGGUUCAAAGUCACCGAGGUCAUCUACGAUGAUUCGCGCUUUGGUCACCCUUCGAGCAGUCGGUAUAAAGAGUGGAAUAGAGACCCUAAUGAUCCCACAGGAGUGCCGUACUGGUUUAGAAUGUUUUACUGUUCCACCCUAGGUGCCAUUGACACUAGGGAAGAGGAGUUUCAGUCUAUGUCUCAUGUCAAGGAAGCUUUCAAGACUCGGUGCACCCUGGCUGAGUCAUAUCAGGUAUAUCACAAGCUUAAGGCACAGCAAGAUGAAGUACUUGCUUACGGCCGGGACGCUGAUGCUCUGAGACACGGUCUUUCACGCUUUCCAAACCUCAAAAGAGUUACUCUGAGUCCUGCUGCUCAUGGGAUUCUGGGAAGACCUCUGUAUCCAUCGCCUACGAUCAGAUCUUUGCCAGCAGGCCUGAUAUACCCUGUGGAACAAGGCUGGCCAACGAUCACAAUGGAAGAACACCCCCUUACACCUUGGGAUGAAACAUCAAAACGAAAAUGGCGUGGAUUCUGUGUUGUCACGAAAGAGGUCGCCCAACAUGUCCGUGAUAACCCGAUGUUUCAGCUCUCCGAGUUUGUCACGGAAGGCCGGCUGCUUUGGACGGGAACCACCUGCCGUCUUUUUGACAGUGCAGCCAGUGAGGAGUAUCGCGAUCUUGUGACUAUCCUGAGUCACCCUCCACUGAGACGCUUGGAGUUAUCAUUUGCUUGCGGCUCAGAGUCCAAACAAAACUGGCCUUCUUUCCGUUCUGGACUCCUCUUCAGAGCUCUGAGCAAAGCAAACAACUUGCAACAUUUUAGUAUCGAUACUGGCAUUCCUCCUGUAACCAGGGCAUGGCACAACAUUGUGGGAUACCAACAGAAUGGUAUGCCGCUACGGAGCAUGUUCCCCGUCAAGGACUGGUCGAAUCUACGCCGCUUUGCACUUUCUCGAUCUUUUGUCACACAGAGAGAUGUCAUCGCCUUCAUUUCUACACUCCCAUCGUCACUGGAGUCGCUUGAGUUGAGCUUCCUUGAUUUCUUUUUUGGCGAGGGAACUUACAGAGAUUUAUUAGAGGACUUGCGCUGUAACCUGGGUUGGAGAGAGAGGCCGUCGAGCAAUCAGCCAAAGCUUAUUAUACUAGUUGUUGAGAAUGAAUCCAAGAUGGAUGGCGUUGCUAUAGACUUGAGCCGUGAGGCAAUGGACUAUGUGUAUCACCAUGGAGAAAACCCAUUUUUAGAGGGGCAGAUCAUGGAAGUUAUAGAGGGUAGAGGGAUACCAGUAAACCUUCUUGAUCCGAUGUACGAUGGGGAAUACAAUAGCAGGGUUAUAUCAGUCUAG